GAGUUUAAUUUCUGCUUCUCUCAUCAAGAGCAUCUCGUCGAAGCUAGGCAGCGGCAGCAGCAGUUACAACAACUCUUGGAUAUUACUGGUGGAUGCUGAAUCCGCCGCCACCGCCGUCGCCGACGUAAUUUCUCGCGCGCGCCGUGUUCCCGUUGGAUCUCCUGAAGAAGGGGCCUUGAACAGCAAGAAUUGGUAUCGCCCGCGCGCGAGCCGCAGAUUAUCCGCGGGCCCCUCGGGUCGUUGUGUGUAGAAUUACAUGGUGUGUACGGCUGCAAGGCCUGCUAUUUUCGGGGAGCUCCCUUUUGUUUCAACAAACGGCCCCACACGUGUGCGUGUGUGUGAGUGUGUGUAAUCCGUCCAGAAAAAGGAAACCUGUGAAGAACCCCCCAAAUGUGAGGAAUUCAGUGUUCAACCCUAAUUAUCGUGAUCAAAACAAACCCAAGUGUUGCAAGUGAAGCGAGCGCGCACGUGGAUUAAGUCAGUGAAGACACGGACGGACGGAGAGAGAGAGUGAUUAAUCCGGAGUUCCGGGACAGCGGCAGCGGCAGGCCCCGGUGACAAGAUGAUGGCCUCACCGAGCUUUAUGACCCAGUAUCACAACCAUCAUCACCACCAGUGGAACAAUAGCAGUCAGACGCAGCUCUCCCCCCUCAACAUCCUCCCGUACCAGUACCCGCCGCAGCCCCCCUCCGUCAGCAGUCUCGGCUCGGUGGCGUCCCUCGGCUCGGCCGGCCUCUCCCCCACCCAGUCGAUCGCGUCCUCAACCGGCAACGCCGGAGGCGCCAGCACGGCCAGCAGCAGCUUCAGCACGAACGGCGGCGGGGGCGGCUCGAACGCCGCCAGCCCGGACGUCACGGCUUCGGUUAACGCGACCGCCGCGGCCGUCGCCGCAGCCAGUACGGCUGCGUACGGCUUCGGUGCGAUGGUCCAGCAGAGCCCGGCCGCGGCCACCGCAGCCGCCGCGUUGGAGAUGAGCGCGAGAACCCAACAGAUGCACUACCCGUCCUACCAGUACCCGGCGGCCAGCUACUACAACAACAUGGCGGGUAACCCGUGGUUCGCGCAGGAGUCCAUGUACCAGGGCUGGCACGGCGAGGCGUACGGGCUGAAGCUGGAGGAGGCGUACUCGCACCAGACGCAGGCCCAACGUCGGUGCGCCCGCUGUACCUGCCCGAACUGCAUCAACGAGCUGUCGGGGCUGCCGCCGGUGGUGGGGCCGGACGAGAAGGGCAAGCGGCAGCACAUCUGUCACAUUCCGGGCUGCGAGAAGAUCUACGGUAAGACGAGUCAUUUGAAGGCGCAUCUGAGGUGGCAUACGGGAGAGCGACCGUUUCUGUGCAAGUGGUUGUUCUGCGGGAAGAGGUUCACGCGGUCGGACGAGCUGCAGCGGCACUUCCGGACGCACACGGGGGAGAAGCGGUUCACGUGCGCUAUCUGCAGCAAGAAGUUUAUGCGGAGUGACCACCUGGCGAAGCACGUGAAGACGCACGAGAACAAGGCGAAGAAGAUUGCGAAGAAGAGCGAGCGGGCGGAGGAGGCGAAGCUGAAGAAGGAGGACGGGAAGGGUGGGCGGGGGAUGGAGGGUAGCGGGAAGCGGGGGCUUGAGGUGGCGGACAAGACCGGGCAGUUGACGGUGCCGAAGGUGAAGAAGAUGAGGGGUGAGCAGCAGGAGGAUAUCAACGCGAACAUCCGGAUGCCGCAGAUCAAGCAGGAGAAGGGCUACGAGAGCGCCACCACGGGGAAGUCGUCGAUGUUCGGGACGACGGAGUACGGGCAGAACGUUGGGAGUGGGUACCAGAACUACCACCACCCGACGUCGUACUUCCAGAGUGCGUUCCUGCCGGACACGACGAACGCCAGCAAGAACCUGUUCCACAACCCGUACUGCUCCGCCGACAGCGGCUUCCAGAGCCGGAGCAACCUGUUCUCUACCUCGGCCAACACCAGCGCCAGCAGCGGCUGCGAAUCGCUGGACCGACGAAGCAAUAGCAGUAGCAACAACAACAACAACAACGCGAGUAGUGAAGUUAGCAAUAGUCUGGUGAAGCUGGAGGAGUACACCAACAGUCACAGCCUACUGAACAACGACAACAACAACCAUCAGCGAAGUACUAGCGCCAGCAAUCUACUACCUCAGUCGCAAGCUCAAGUGUACCACAUCAACGCGGAGCUGGCGUCCAACUACGCCGCGGCGUACUCCAACGUCAAGGGCUACCAUCACCACCAUUCGCACCCGCAUCACAACCAUCACAGCAGUUACAGUGACGGGACGUCAAAUGUCAACGAAGCAAACAACAACAACAGCAACUCCUCUCCGGCGGCUGCCGCCGCCGCCGCCUCCUCCUACAGCAUGAUGAUGAACAAUUACACGAUCCAUCACCAUCACCACCACCACCAGCAGCAGCAGCAGCAGCAACAACAACAGCAAGAAAUCGAACUGUUCAAAUAACCUGCCUUUGUUCUGCCGCGCAGCGGCGCGACGCUCGCAGCAACCUGUCAAAUUUCUGUUUGAGAUUUUCGUGACGUUCCUUUUGUUGUGUGCGCUUCGCGCACGGCAUGCUUUGUUUUCUUUUUUCCGCGUAAGUUUUUGUUUCGCGCUUAGGUAAGCGAGUCGAGAAGAAAGGGUGAAAUGUGUUUUAGUCGAUUAAGAAACAAAAAUAACUCCUCGUUUUGUCCCCUCCUCUCCCCCUUCUCCCGAGUGCCAAUACAAAAGCUUUAGGGUUUUCCUAACCUCACUCUCGCGCAUUCGCGCGAGCGGGAAGCAAACUGAAAACUAUUAAAUUAUGUCAUGAUUUAUUUAUGUUCCUAUACAAUUGUCAGCGCGAAACGCGCCGCGUUGCGGCAGCGAAAAAAGAGAUAAUAAAAAGAGACAAAACAAAAAUGGACGCGACCAACAAAAGAGAGUGAAAGAGAAAAACGGUGGCGUGCACAAAAGGCCGUUAGCGCGCUUUGCGCGCGGUGAAAUUAGCAAUUGUAAAAUAUAAUUAAAUUUAUUUAUAUUUUCAUUAAUCAUCCGCGCUUCGCGCGGUGAACGUCUUAAGCCGGCUUUCUAACUCCGCCGCACGUAAAAACAACAACAAAAAAACAGUACCCUUAAAACUAAAUUAAGGUCCAGUGAGCGUUAAGCUGUUUUUGUUAGGGCCCCUUAUUAGGGCAUCACCACCGCGGAGCGGCUAAACGCGUAGCUAAUUAAUUUGCUCUCCCAAUUCUCUUUGCGUUCGUUUUUUUUUGCGUUUUCGUCUCGUCAAUUGACAGUUCUAUUUUGCGAGGCAUCGGCGUGUUGAUGUAUAGUAAUUUAUAAAUUUUACAAUUAAGUAGCCAAGUUGUCGCCCCAAGUCAGCAAAUUUUACACGGGGGAAGUAACGAACAAAAAGUCAUCCACAAUCGCAAAAAACGUGUACAUUUCUGUGUAGAGUCUUAAUUAUUACCUGGUCGAGAAACCUCCUCAAAAGAAGCAAUAGUUUUUUUUAAUUUAUCGCGCAAAAACAAUAAAGAAAAGCACAAAACAAAACGAAAUGACAGUUCCAUCCAUCAGCGAAAGACGAAGCAAGCAACAAUAAAUCAGAGUCCUCACCUUAUACAUAAACAGCACAAAGCGAAGCGAAAAGGCGGUUUUGCUCCCCCUCCUCAGAAGCCAUCUGUAUUUUAUAAAUACUGUACAUAUAGGAUAAGUCUCCCCCUUUUUCGUCACUUUCUAGCACAAACAAGCAAAAGUUUUUGAUAGAAAGAAAAAAAAUCUGAGCAAAAAUUUUAACUUUAUCGAAUUAAAUAAUACAAAACAAAUAGAAUGCAAAGUUAUUAUAUAUUAAUUAAGAUGGAAAUCAAUAAAUAUUAAAACAGAGAAAGAGAGAGCGUGCAUGUGUCAGUUUCGUACCUUUUAAAAAAUAUCGCUGCUCGAGACAACAAAGAUGGAUAAGAAAGUAUAAGUUAAUAAAAGAAAGAAUAAACUGUUUUAUGAAAACCUCACAGCGCAACAAAACUAAGCAAAAAAAAA